AUAACCUCUAAUGUCAACGAAUAUAAAUGCAAUAAAAGUAAAAACAUUUCGUAUUAUUACGUGAAUACAUGUGAGUCGUACGUAAAUAAAUAUGAGAUGAGUCAUGGAUAAAGGCAGAUUCUCUUUGUUACUUUUGGAACCAUCAGAAAUAUAUUUCGAAGAUUUUAGUGCGAUUUGCGUUAGAUCAGAUGUUACAUCAAAAACCUACGAUUUUAAAAAGCAAGAUGGUCGUCUUAAGCUCUGCUCCAAAUCGCUCGUCUUUGAUCCUAAAGACACCUCGAAACCGCUUAUUAAAAUGCAACUUCGUGAUUGUCAAAUAAUUGAAAAAUGGAAAGGAAAAUCGAAAUUUAUUCGUAGCGCUCAUGUGCUCAGUAUUAUUUGUAAAACGUAUAUAGAAAUGUUGGAAGGAAAUGAAAUUGCUCCAUAUAAGUUUGAGGAGAACGGCAGGUUUUUGUUUUUAUUAAAUUAUGCAAAUAUUGAGGAUUGUUUGCAACAAAUUUUACAAUUACAAAGAGCUAAUACUUUGCCUGCUUUAGAACAAUCAAAUAUGAUAUCAGCUAUAGUUAAUGCGAGAAGAGUUGGCGUUGAAUUUAAUCCUUUAUGGUGUGAUCUAUAUGAAAAAAUAAUUAUGGAAACACAAGCCGAUAAAAUUAGUCCGUUAGUUAAAAACCCGGGAAGAGUUAUUUUAACAAAUUCAAAGUUUUAUUUUCAACCUUAUAACAACAUUGAAACCCAUCCGUAUCUUCAAAUUAAUUUAAGUGCAAUAAAACGAAUCGUUAAAAGAAGAUUUUUAUUGCAACACAUUGGAAUUGAAAUUUAUUUACAUGAAAGUGAUAAAUUCUCUUACAUUUAUAUUGCUCUUUCGAAUCAAAACGAAAGGGAUACUUUAUACGAUUUAAUGUUAGCCCAAGAAGAGUUAAAACUCCAAGAACAAGAUAUGGAUGUUAUGACUUUACAAUGGCAAAAUGGGGUUGUGUCUAAUUACGAUUAUUUAUUAUAUAUUAACAGUCUAGGGGACCGGACAAUAAACGAUUUAACCCAAUACCCAGUCUUCCCAUGGGUUUUAUCCGACUAUCAAAGCACCAACAUUGAUUUAUCAAACGAAAAAAUAUAUAGAGAUCUAUCAAAACCAGUUGGAGCCUUAAAUGAAGCCCGUUUAAAACGGCUAUUAGAACGUUAUAAUGAAAUGCCCGAACCGAAAUACAUUUACGGUUCACAUUAUUCAACACCAGGAUUUGUGUUGUAUUAUUUAGCCCGAUUAUAUCCUCAAUAUAUGUUAUGUUUACAAAAUGGACGGUUUGAUUUACCAGAUCGAAUGUUUAAUUCAUGCAAAGAUGUUUUUAAGAAUUGUUUGAGUAAUAUGGCAGAUUUUAAAGAGUUGGUUCCUCAAUUUUACGACGUUGAAGAACGAGGGUCGUUUUUAGUUAACAGUAAAGGUAUUAAUUUUGGAUAUCGAGAAAGUGGGGUUAAAGUAAAUGAUGUCGAAUUACCACGUUGGGCGAAUUCUCCAAGCGACUUUGUUGAGACUUUAAGAAAUGCUUUAGAGUCUGAUGUUGUUUCGAAACAAUUGCAUUUGUGGAUUGAUUUGAUUUUUGGAUAUAAACAACGUGGGUCGGAAGCUGUUAAAGCUUAUAAUGUUUUUCAUUAUAUGUGUUAUGAAGGAAACGUAGAUUUAGAUUCAAUAAAAGAUGCUAAUCAAAGGCAUCCGAUUGAGGUUCAAAUUAUGGAAUUCGGACAAGUGCCUAAGCAAAUCUUUCAUGUGCCUCAUCCUCAAAGAAAAGUCGGACAAAUUUUACUUGAGGUUGAUCAAAUUCAAACCGAUUCCAAUAAUUGUGAUUUCGAUUCCGAAUGGAAAAACAUAAUAAAUUUGGAACAUCAAACAACAUUUUCAGCGCAUAAAGCCCCAGUAACAUCAAUUUACUCAUCGGAAGAUCCCGAUAAACUAAUUUCAGUUGGGCACGAUUCCAAAUUAAAAAUUUUUUCCAUUUCUCAAAAUAAACAAAUUCGAAGUGCUAAUAUUGGAAGUAUGCCUUUAAGUAGUUGCGUGCAAUUACCAAAUUUAAAUACAAUAAUCGUUGGAAGUUGGGAUAAUAGCAUCCAGAUAUAUGAUUUAGAUUACGGUAGAAUAAUGCAAAGUGUUGAAGCCCAUGAAGAUGCUGUAACGUGUAUGCUUUGGUCAAAUAAACUAAAUUUGUUAUGUUCCGGCAGUUCUGAUUGUACAAUAAGAAUUUGGAGAGGCUUUAACGAAUAUGGAGCAAUUAAACCAAUACAAUGUUUAAUUUCUCAACUUGAUCAUAAUUCCGAAGUUACUUGUUUCUGUUUUAAUGGUUGUAAUAAACAUUUAGCUGUUGGAACUCAAGACGGUGAAGUUUACAUUUGGCAAAUAUCGGAUAAUUUAUUAUUUAAACGAUUUUCUUUGCAUAACUCUGCGAUUAAAUCGAUUUCUUAUAGUCCUGAUGAAGAGAAAUUAGUUACAUGCGGUUUAGAUAAAUGUUUUAAAGUGAUCGAUAUCUCAACCGGGAUGGCGGUUUAUUCAAAGAUUUUAAAUUCUCCGUUGUAUUCGUUAAAAUGGGAUGCAUCUACGUUAUUUAUAGGCGAUGAAUCCGGUUUUGUGUAUAUUUGGAAUAUUGUUGAAGUUAAAGAAUUAUUAGAAAUGAAAUUACACAAUGGGGCUGUUAAUGUUGUGGAAUUAUCGAAAAAUAAAGAGUACCUAUUUAGCGGAGGAAGUGAUAACUUAAUUAAGGUAUGGAAACCGAUUUAUCAGUAAAAAUAAAUCAUUAAAGGACGAUACUUAAUACAUAUUUUUUAUAUCA